AUGUACAAGAAGCUGGCUAUUGCUACACUGCUCUACUCCGCAGAUUAUCUGCCAGGUGUAUUUGCCCUUGGUUAUCAAUUAAAUAAGUUGUUAAAAGAAGCAAGUAAAAAAGAUAGCAUUGAAACAUGUCUUAUCGUGACGACUCCUUUAUUUAAUGACACUUUAAGCGAUUUAGCGAAAAACAUUUUAAAUUCCAUAUAUACCAAAAUCGUGUUAGUGAACCCUUUAGCGUUCCAAAAUGAAAGUAUACAGAGAAAUAGUAAUAAUUUAGCUCUUUUGGGAAGACCAGAAUUAUCUUUUGCUUUAAUCAAGGCAAGAUUAUGGGAGUUGACUCAAUUCGAGCAAGUCCUUUACUUAGAUUCUGACACAUUACCCUUGAAUAAAGAAUUUUUGAGGUUGUUUGAUAUAAUGUCUAAACAAACCAAGUCACAGGUAGGUGCUGUUGCUGAUAUUGGCUGGCCUGAUAUGUUUAAUAGCGGCGUAAUGAUGCUAAUACCGGACGCGGAUACUGCUUCCGUACUGCAGAAUUAUAUCAUUGAAAAUACGUCCAUUGAUGGCUCUGACCAAGGAACUUUAAAUCAGUUUUUCAACCAACACUGUUGCACUGAUGAACUACUCAAAGAAACUUUCCCUCGAGAAUGGGUACAGUUGUCGUUUAUAUAUAACGUAACUAUACCUAAUCUUGGCUAUCAAUCUUCACCUGCUCUGAAUUAUUUCAAAUCCACCAUCAAACUGAUUCAUUUCAUCGGCAAACAUAAGCCAUGGUCACUGUGGUCUCAGAAGAAUUUCACCAAAACCGAAAGUCACAAUAAAUGGAACGAGAUUUACGAAGAAUUUAAGGAAGAACAUGAACUAGAAGACGGAAUCUCUAAACUAGAUACUGAUAGUUCUAUUGAAACUGAACCUGUUCGACCAAUAUCCCCAGUGGAAGUUUCUCAAAGCAACGAACCCGCGCCGAACCAAAAGGUUGAAGUAUUAAGCACACAAGAAGAGAACAUGGGCAACCAAGAUAGUGAGCCUGUUAUCGAGCCGGUUCCGUUAGAUUUUACCAAAUGGCUAACGACUUUUGUUAAUAAGGACUACCCAACUAAUCAGUCAAGGAAGAAAGGUUAUGAAUCCCCAAAAGAAAAUGGUGAUGGUGCAAAUAACAAUGAUUCGAACCCCAAUCAAGAAAAUCCUUCGAAUCAUAUACAAAAAGCAGUACUUUCCUGCAACCAAGUAAGUAACCGGGAUAUAAAGGAUGAGCAAGAAAAUGUAGAGGUGACCAGUUGUGAGGCAGCCAACAUUCCAAAACCUGAACAAAAAAGUUCCAUAGAUAAUAUACAAGAGUCUAGUGCUUUCAAGAAUCACGCAAACGCCCAGCCAACAAACAAGAAUGAUUACUAUUCAGAAGAAAAUUCUAAUGAUACUGGUUUUAGCCCCUUGAAUUCUGAACAGAAAGGUCCGCCGAAUGAUAUGCAGAAACCUAAUGGUUCUGAAGAUCACUUACCAGGUGAUGAAGAACCGCAUGCUCUUAUUGACGAAAAUAUACAAUAUUUAGAAAAAGAGAAGGAAGGCUAUGAAGAAUUUCUUCCGGACGUGUACGAGACGAAUACAACCAAUCAUGAAGAAGACGAAUUUUUUGAUGAUAGCGUGGAAGGGGUUAAUCAAGGAGGAAUUACGUCAAGUGUGGCUACAGAUACACAAAAAAAAGCAAAACCUACAGAAGGUCAGGAAAGCAAACCGCAACAAGAAAUGCCGAACUUCAAGUUUGACUGGGAAGAUACUGAUUAUUUGUCCAAAGUAGAGAGAUGUUUCCCCGAUGACAUCUUUGAAUAUGCGGUAGAGUGA